UCCUUUUUCCUAUUGGCCGGCAACCCUCGAAGCUCCGGGCGUGGCUCCCCUGCCUGCCCCUAUCGCCGUCAGCCGUGCCCGGCCGCAGCCAAUCAGUGCGCUGCCCAGCGCCGUCCCCCCUUCCAGUCACCGGCGGCCGGCCCCGCCUGCACAACAACUCCGCCCGCGUCACUUCUGGUUCGGUCCAAAAUGGCGUCCGCAGCGUCCGUCGCCCUGCUCCCUCCGGAGUGCAGCUGAGGCACGGACUUCCUGCGGGAGGGGGGCUGCGUGACGUCACUUGCGCGACACAGUGACAUCACCGAAGCGGAAAGGGGGCGGGGGCCGAGUUCGCGAAGCUGAUUAUUAUCUUUUUUUUAUUUUAUUUAUCUGACAUAUUGUUCUAUCGCCGGCAGCAAAGCCUGAGGAGGAAUGGGGGUUCCAGCGCUGGGGUGAGUGGUAACUGAGUCUCUGAAUAUUGCAGUGGAAAGACUUGUGUUCUCACCACUGUGCGGUGGAGGAGCUUGAGAGAGAUGGACGACGAGCAAGUGCGUUACAGCCGUAGACUGAGGCGCACGCUCCGUAGGAAAUACGAAGAUGAUGGCAUUUCUGAUGAGGAGAUUGAGGGCAAGCGAACAUUUGACUUGGAGGAGAAGCUGCGCAGCCCCAAGUACAACUCCAACUUCGUUAUCUACAUGGAGGGCAAAGACUUCAACAUGCGAUACAUCCAACAGGGCGGACUCAGGGACCCGCUGAUAUUCCCCAGCUGUGAAGGGCUUGGAAUCAGAAUGCCAGACCCUAGCUUCACCGUGAGUGAUGUGAAGAUGUUUGUAGGGAGCAGGCGCAUUGUGGAUGUCAUGGAUGUGGGAACGCAACGGGGCAUCGAGAUGACGAUGGCACAGUGGGCAAAAUAUUAUGAAACCCCUGAAGAAGAGAGGGAGAAGCUGUACAAUGUGAUAAGCCUGGAAUUCAGCCACACCAAGCUGGAGAAUCUGGUGCAAAGGCCAGCUACGGUGGAUCAGAUAGACUGGGUUGACAACAUCUGGCCUAGACACUUGAAGGACAGGCAGACUGAAUCCACAAAUGUCAUUCAGGAGAUGCAAUACCCCAAGGUGCAGAAGUACUGCCUGAUGAGUGUACGGGGCUGUUACACUGAUUUCCAUGUGGACUUCGGUGGCACAUCUGUAUGGUACCACAUUCUCCGAGGAGGCAAGGUCUUCUGGCUGAUACCUCCUACGGACCAGAACCUGGAGAUGUAUGAGAACUGGCUGCUGUCAGGGAAACAAGGGGACAUCUUCCUUGGAGACAGGGUGACAGACUGUCAGCGGGUGGAAUUAAAGCAAGGCUACACAUUUGUCAUCCCUUCAGGAUGGAUCCAUGCUGUGUACACUCCUCAGGACACUCUCGUUUUUGGAGGGAAUUUUCUGCAUAGUUUCAACAUCCCAAUGCAGCUACGCAUCUAUAGCAUUGAAGAUAGGACGAGAGUUCCUACAAAGUUUCGCUAUCCAUUUUACUAUGAGAUGUGCUGGUAUGUGUUGGAGCGAUAUGUUUAUUGUAUGACAAGACGCUCUCAUCUCACGAAGGACUACCAGAGGGAAUCGCUGAGCAUAGAUUUGGAGCUGAAUGGUCGCAGGAGACCAGACACUCCAUCUUCCUCUUCGUCCUCUUCGUCCUCCUCUUCAUCUUCCUCACCCACUUCUUCUUCAUCAUCUGAAUAUGACGACUCGUCUGAUCAAGACUGGGAGGAAGAAGAAGGAAUAAGGAAAAGGGAGAGGGAUCGCAGGAAAGUGGAGAGAGAGCUACAGAGAAGGCGAGAUCGGGAACUACGACAGAGGGAGCGGCAGCAGAGGGCACAAGCUCUGCAUCAGCGCACAGAGAGGCUAAUUAUGUCUAGCCUCCCUGCAGCACACCAGCCUCUCACUCCGCCUCCUUCUCUGCCACUGCCCACUCCUCCCUCGCCUCCCACAAUGCCGCAGUGUCUGACAUGGUUUGAGGUUGAAGGCUUACAUUGCCUUGUAAAGAAGCUUGAAUCCCUUCCUCCACACAAGAAGUGCCUGCCUGAUGGCAUUGAAGACCCAGACGCUCUGAUCUUGGACAUCAAGAAGCUACUGGAGGAACACGCACACGACCCACCUGAACUUGCACUUAGCGGAGUCCCCAUCGUUCAGUGGCCCAAGAGACAGCAGUACAAAGUUCACCUCCGGCCCAAGAUCCAGUUCACCAAACCUCACAUGAUGCGGCCGGCAGCCCGUCACGCCUCUUCUGCUCCUCGGCCCUCUUCUGCCACCAUUUCUGGUCACUCUGCCUCCUCCGGUGCACGGAGACGGCGGGUCAGGUGCCGGAAGUGUCAGGCAUGUCUCCAGAGAGAGUGUGGAACUUGCCACUAUUGCAAAGAUAUGAAGAAAUUUGGGGGUCCAGGCCGGAUGAAGCAAUCCUGCAUGCAGAGGCAGUGCCUUGCGCCCAGAUUGCCCCACUCUGUGACCUGUGCCGUGUGUGGGGAGGUGGAUCAGACCAAUGAUUCCCAGGACUUUGAACAGAAGCUAAUGGAGUGCUCGCGGUGCAACGAGAUUGUGCAUCCUGGCUGCCUUGCAAUGGACGGUGAAGGGCUGCUGAGUGACGAGCUCCCGAACUACUGGGAGUGCCCGAAGUGCUACGAGGGGCAGAAGCACAUGAAACGGAAGGCUGUGGAUAACGGUGAGUUCGACCCCCACUUCGCAGCCAAAGUUUUACGACCACCUCUGGGCCAGAGUCCCCCUUCACCACCACUUCUCCUCCUUCCACCUUCACCAUCUUCUGGUCCCCCCACGCCACCUGCAACCACACCACAAGUCACACAUGUGAGCAGGGAAGAAAGAGCCAAGAGGCGACAGAUGACCCGGGAGAAGGAAAAUCACCCGAGUGGACGAGAGCAGGCGGAGGAUGAUCGCAUCUGGCAUCGGGGCUCCUACCUCACUGUAACUCUCCAGCGACCCCCAAAAGAGCUCAGUUCCUCAUCUAUUGUCCCCAAACUGCAAGCCAUUACACCAAAUCCCAGGCAGUCUAUUCGCCAGCUUCCCCCUCAGCCACUUGACUAUGAUGAGGACGAGGAUGAAGAGGAUGACGACGACGAUGAAGAGGAUGAUGACGACGACGAUGAGGCAGAAAACGGCCUAAUGUCUGGACAGAGAAAGGAUCAGCUGUCUAUGCAGAAGGACAUUUGGUUAUCAGUCUUCCAGUACCUCGCAAGGAGGGAGCUGUGCAUUUGUAUGAGAGUCUGCAAGGCCUGGUAUAAGUGGGGUUGUGAUAGGCGCCUAUGGUCCAAGAUCGAUGUCAGCCGCUGCAAGUCUCUGGUGCCGCAGGCGCUAAGCGGGAUCAUUAAAAGGCAGCCUGUGCACCUUGACCUUAGCUGGACGAACGUAUCGAAGAAGCAGCUGACGUGGCUCGUUAACAGGUUGCCUGGUUUGAAAGACUUAAUCCUGGCAGGUUGCUCGUGGUCUGCCGUCUCUGCCCUCAGCAGUUCUAGCUGUCCCCUCCUGCGAACUCUGGAUUUGCGCUGGACCGUGGGAAUCAAAGAUGCACAGAUCAGAGACUUGCUGACACCAUCCUCUGACAAGCCAGGUCAUGACUCUCGCAGUAAGCUCCGCUUCUUAACAGACCUGCGGCUCUCUGGCCUGGAUAUUUCGGACGUCACGCUGAGGCUGAUUCUCCGACAUUGCCCUCUUCUGUCUAAGCUCGACCUCAGCCACUGCCCUCUGCUAUCUGAUCAGUCUGUCAACCUGCUUACGGCUGUGGGCUCCUGUACACGGGGCUCCCUCUCACACAUCCACUUGGCAGGUUGUAAAGGAGUAACAGACGAGUCCCUAUUGUACUUACGGCGAGCCUCCAAUUUAACACUUAUUGAUCUUCGUGGCUGCAAGCAAGUGUCACAUGGAGCAUGCGAGGGCUUCAUUUCGGACCUGUCUGUAAGCACCUUGUACUGUCUGUCAGACGACAAACUCAUCCAAAGGAUCAGCUAGAAGAGGGGGGUGUCUGCCGCAGGUGUGGUGCCGGAAGAGGCUGUGGUGUGGGAGGAAGCACACUGUCAAUCACUCCUCCUGCUCGGCGCCUCUCUCCGGCUUCCCCACCUCCCUCAUCCGAUAAAAACAAAGGAGCAAUAAUUGGCAACCCAAGAUCCUGCCCCAUCUGCCUGUGGUGGGGCAAUCUCCCGGUGCAAGGAAGUGGGCUAAAUCUGAAACGGGUAUUUAAACAGCUUUGGCAGCCCUGGUGGUUUUGGGCACCUUUUAGGACUGGAACAUUUAGACCUCUAGGACUGGGAUCUCCAUUGUCACAGAGUAAAUUUUUUUUUUUUUUUUUUUUGGUAAUUUAAAGCUUUAUUUUUCUUUUUGUCUCCUUAGUACAAUUAGCUCUCCACCAGACAGGUAAUGGAGAGGUCACUGAGGAGUGGGCGGGCAGCUCAGCUCUUUUUUUUGUUUUGUUUUUUGUUUUGUUUUUUCGUUUGUUUUUCUUUUGAACACAACAUCCUGUUUUGGUUAUUUUUUAAUGUCUUGCUCCUGUUUAGCAUUACAGUGUAUGAGUGUUCCACUGAGGUGUUUGGGCGCUUGAGUUACAGUGUGUGAUUGGGAGAGAGGAUGCUGGCUGCUUCAUGAUAAAUAGUCAGAGUUAAUAUUAUAUUUUUUUUAUUUUUAACUUAAAUUGGGGUUGUUGCUUUUGGCGCUCAGCUCCUCUCCCUAGAGAACAUAGAUGCAGAAGGGCACUCAUCAAUGCAUUAGUUCCACACACACACUGCGCAGCCAUUUGUGCAUAUAUACAUAAAUAUAUUAUAAAUAUAUACAUACGCCGGUGUCGUGCACACAGGAGGCAUGUGUGUCGGCGGUUCUAGUCCCUGUCCUGGGACUAGAUUGUAUAAAAAGAGCCUGGAUAAUAUUUUUCUCUGCGGAGGGCGGUCUCGCUUUCCCUUUGUUUCUUUUGCAAUUAAAAUCAAAAAUUCUGAUACAAAA